CCCGACAGCUCUGAAAAUUUGUUGUAUAUGAGAUUGUAUGGUGGUAAAAGCAAAUGCCCUUUUGAUCAUCCGCUUGAGAUGUCUGAAAAGAUUUUACAAAGAUGCGGUGGUGUACCACUAGCUAUCCUUACAAUAGCUAGUUUGUUAGAGGGUAAAGCGAGAGAGGAUUGGUCUAAGGUUUAUGACUCAAUUGGUUUUGGGCACGGAAAAAACCAUGAUGUAGACAAUACAAGAAAGAUACUGCUAUUUAGCUAUUAUGAUCUACCCUAUUAUCUGAGACCUUGUUUAUUGUAUCUAAGCAUAUAUCCAGAAGACUACACAAUCGGAAAAGAAACUUUGAUCUGGAAGUGGGUAGGUGAAGGUUUUAUCGAGGAGGAACAGGGGAUAGGGCAAUAUGAGAUUGGAGAGAGAUACUUCAAUGAGCUGGUGAACAGAAGUAUGAUACAACCCAUCAGGGGCAGUUACUGCUCUUAUUUCGUGACUGGUUGUCGUGUCCAUGAUUUGGUGCUUGAUAUGAUAUGUCUAUUGUCAAAUGAAGAGAAUUUUGUUAGGAUAUGGGAUAUUAAUGAUCAAAGGAUAUCUUGCCAAAGUGAUGAUCGUAGGUUAGCUAUCCAAAAGAGAGUCUUAGAGCAGGAUGACUCUCUGGCUAACAUGUGCACCCCACAAUUGAGGUCAUUCAGUGCCAUCGAAUGUGGUAUUCAUGUGCUGCCAGCACUUUCAAGUUUUGGAGCUUUGCGUGUCCUAGAUAUGCAAGAUUGUAGUUUUACUAGUGAUGUCAGUUAUCAUCUGGACCAUCUUGGGAGUUUAAUCCAUUUGAGGUACCUGGGAUUGCGGAGCAUUCCAAUAGAUAAGCUACCACAAGAAAUAGGGAAUUUGAAGUUUUUGCAGACACUGGACUUGAUGGAUACCGGAAUAAAAGAAUUGCCACACAGUUUUGGUCUGCUAAGGCAACUCAAGUGCUUGCAUUUUGAAGUCAAUGAAGGAACAGUUGGGAUGCAUAUGCUCGGGAACCUAACAUCAUUGGAAGAUCUACGGUUGACAUUUAAAACUUGGCCUCCUGAGUUUGUAGCAGAGCUGGGCAAGCUGACGAUGCUGAGGAAUCUCAACCUUUUCUCUUUUCUUGGACGACUCUUGGAUGUUAGCCAGAUGAAAGCACUGGUGAAGUCUCUUGUCAAACUGCAAAAGAUCGAAGUUUUGGGCAUCAACUUUACUUGUCAUGUGAGUAUUGGACACCAAGACUGGGAAGGUUAUGUACCACCUCAACAGCUGCGUGAACUCAGCCUACUAACGGCGAGCGACAGGUUGCCGGCGUGGAUAAACCCGUCACUUAUCCCGAACAUCACCAGUUUAUGGUUCACGGUGGAGGAGGUGAAGGCGCGGGAUAUGGAGAUCCUUGGGAGUUUCCCAGAGCUCAUUACUCUAGGGAUGACAGGUCAAGGGUUGAGCAACUCGCAGGACUUUCUCCCAGAUGCCGUUGGGGAGUUAUUCCCCAAGUUGAGGUACUUUUAUACACCUGUACCACUGAGAUUUCUGCGGGGAGCGAUGCCGAGCCUUGAAUCCCUUGAGUAUGCUUAUCUCCGAGUGCAGAAGUUGAAGCGUGACAGCAGCUUUGUGUUUGAGUUUAGUAGCUGGGAAAACCUCCAUUCACUCCAGAAAGUGAAAGCUUAUAUCGAACCUCGUUCAGCUCAAGAGAACAAGGAUGAAGCUGUGGUUGCACUGGAGCUCGCAGCCAACCAACAUCCCAACUGUCCUAACCUUACAGUCCAAAAUUAUAAGUAGAUUCUGAUGAAUGGCGGGCACCAAGAGCUUCUACCACUACUUAAUCGAUGCACCUGGAUUUUUUUUCCUUUUUUUUCUACCAAGCUCUGGGAUUGUAAUAAGCUACCUUUCAUUCCUUACACGACAAUGCUAUCAGGUUUUCUUCCCAUGGUUCAGCAAAAACAGAUGGGAGCAGUGGGUUUCCUGAUAGUGCUCAAAAUUCAUUACCCCUUUCCCUUUUGCUACUUGACAGUUCUGUUGUAACGGAUCUCGGUAGGGGAAAUUUACUUGUCAUUCCCAAGAGUACAUUUCGUUAUUUCUUGCCAGCUGAUUUCACCAUUUUAUCAAUUAUAUCCUGUUGAUGCAACUAGAGUACAGCUAUUAAAGUUCCUUGCAAA